AUGGCGGGCGCGGCCGGAGGGCGCCAAGAUGGCGGCGGUGCGGCGGCUGAGCGCGGCGGCGGGGCCGGCCCGGCGGUUCUGUCAGAUGCUGUUCAAGGAUCCUAACUGGACAGCCCGACAGCCCUUCCACCAGCUCCUGCCAAAGAAACCAGCUCUGGCACCUGCAGUGUGGCAUCGUGCAGCGAGGGGCAUGUUUAUUCAGACUCAGGACACACCAAAUCCAAACAGCCUGAAGUUCAUUCCAGGGAGGGAAGUGCUGGAGUCGAGGACAAUGGAGUUUUCCACGCCAGCUGCAGCGUUUUGCUCACCUUUAGCAAGGCAGUUAUUCAGGAUUGAAGGAGUGAAAAGUGUUUUCUUUGGGCCGGACUUCAUCACGAUCACCAAGGAGAGUGAAGACCUGGAUUGGAACUUACUGAAACCAGAUAUUUAUGCAGCUAUCAUGGAUUUCUUUGCCUCUGGCUUGCCUGUAGUCACUGAUGAGGCACCCAGGACAGAUACAGCUGCUUCAGAAGAAGAUGAUGAAGUUGUGCUGAUGAUUAAGGAACUGCUGGAUACAAGGAUAAGGCCGACGGUGCAGGAGGACGGUGGAGAUGUGAUUUAUAAAGGCUUUGAGGAUGGGAUUGUGCAGCUGAAGCUGCAGGGCUCGUGCACCAGCUGUCCCAGCUCCAUCAUCACCCUGAAGAACGGGAUCCAGAACAUGCUGCAGUUCUACAUCCCCGAGGUGGAAGGCGUGGAACAGGUUGUUGACGACGAUGAUGACGUGGAGAAAGAAGCAAAUUCUACCUGAGUUGCAUCAUCUGUGGCCAAAUAAGCCUUUACCUCCUGGUGCGUGUAAACCAUCUGUGUGCUGAGGAACAACCACGUCUGCCUUUUCAGAAACAUCGUUGCACUUCCCUGUGAAAGUGUGUCAUCAGUGUAAGCAGCUUGUCCACUAAGUUAUUAAAUGCCCUCCAUGAAAAAAAAAUCCUUUUGCUCUCCCUUACACUGUGUCUUAAGAAAGAAAUGGUGGGCUUGAAAAACGAUCUCUCUUCGUUGUUUCAUACAGAUAAUUCAGGAGUGACAAAAGAGAAGGCAGAAGUAAAGUUUUGUGACUGUGCAAUAGGAAUAGAUGUUUAUUCCCCUAAAGCUCCAUGGGGCUGGCAGGACUCUGCCCUUGCUCUGUACCUGGGGAAUCAGGACUGUUAAUUUUAUCAAGUCUUUUUAAAAAGCUUUUGAUUCCUGUCAAUUUUUUUGUGUGUAAAAAAUACCCCAUAACUUCAGCUGUUGGUUUCAGAGGAUGUAACACUGCCAUCACUUGUGGGAAGUUACCUGCUUGCUCAUUGCCACUGUGCAAACAGCAAAGAAAAACAACAAAAGAUGGGAGCUGUUUGUUAUAGAAAUCAUAUCUUUUAAAGUAAAUGUUAGAAGAAGACGAUCCUAUCAGCUUCAGUAAGUAGAGAGACUAAUUGGCUUAUUUAGAAGUAAAAUCAUUGAGCCACCAUCUGUUUAAACAUGCAAAAGCUUCUCGAGGACGUAAUUCUCCACCUUCCAGAGGGAAGUGCGGUGCUUAAGGGCAGGAAUUGCGCUCGGUGGCGGGGAGAGGGACUGUUUGCUCCUGCCCUGUCCUGUUUGUUCUCCGGCAGGGCCGGCAGGACUCGGCUGCCCUGCCCCGGCUGCUGCAGGAGGGGGGCGCGGCAGAGCAAACACCUUCCAUCCCAGAGAGCAGGGGAGGGGAAACACUGAUUGUUCUGACACUGAAAUACGUCAGUCGGGCUUUGCAAGGAGUCCUUGUGUUCGCCUGUGUGUGUGGGAAGGAUUUCUUCCUGGUGCCUGGCUCUGGGAGUGGAAAUGCUGUUUCUGCUGUGUGCUGCCCCACUGAGCUGAGCUGGGGUCGUUCCUUGGCCUGUGCUUGUGUUCUCUUCCUGCAAGGAUUUGACAGGGGCGUGUUCCCCCUCUCACUCCUUGCCAGGGUAAUUAUUGCCCUGAGUCCCUCAGCAGGAUGGAUUCAGUGGGUGGAGAAUCUUUUCCAUAGCAGCUCAUCAGCGUGGGGCAGCCACAAACUUCAUAUGGCCUGUUAGAAAUCUGAAAAUAAAUAUUUUAGCUAAAUAUUCCUGCAGCUUUCAUGGAGAGUAAUAACCCACAGUAGUUUAAAUUACCCACUCAGGAUUUGGAAAUGGGUCUGAAAUCACCAUGUUUUCUUUACCCAGUGAUGAAGUACACAGUGCCUGAUCUUACAAGAGCAUUGAUGACAAAAUUCCCCUCAAGGCAGGCUCAGACUGCCCCAAAGAGAGCUUGUGCAAACAUCAGUGCCAUGUUCUCCAUCAGCAAACCAUAGAACGGCGAGUCAUGGCUCUGGUUUCUCAAAAAUAGACCUUUUUAGGACUGAAUUCUCAAUUUAAUGCACUGUAUAAGCCAAAACCUGAACAGCAAAGCAGCUGCUUGUGUGGUAAAUAAAAUGUGCCUAUGAAAGA